ACACAUGGAGAAGCAACUGGGUUGGUAAGAUAUUGAUCGCCUCUCGGUGUCCGGAGACGCUUGAAAGAACAUUGAGAUGAACACAACUGAGAAGUUUUAUCUUCCCGUUGAUGGCAUCCUCGAAAUGUUCAACUCUCUCACCGUGCAAUCACGCAUUACGCACCCAGUUCUUCAGAGCGCAAGCCUUACCCCACUACCCCAGCACACCAAAGUUUCAAACAUAUCGAAGACAGGUAUGGGUAUCAUUAAGACGGUCAAGGGGCGCUGGAGACCACAGGAUAAGAGAGCGGUUGCAAGCAGAUCGUCGAGCUCUGGCAAUCGGCAGGUUUCGACUGAUCGACUCCCCAAAAGGUCCGUGGAUCUGCUGGAGCUGGGUCUGACCAAGCCUAAGAACUGUCACAGGAUAGUUGUGCUCGGCGCACCCAAAGUUGGUAAAACCAACAUCAUGCAGCGCUUCUUGGGUAAAGAAUUUGAAGAGAACUAUGAACCCACGACCGAGGACUUUCACAGAAAGCUGUUCCACAUAGGAGGAGAAGCGUAUCAGGUGGAUCUUCUGGACGCAGCAAGUGAAAGGAACUUCCCGGCAAAGCGGAGGUUAUCCAUACUGACAGGUGACACAUUUCUGCUUGUGUUCAGUUUGGAUGACAGAGAGUCUUUCGAUGAAGUCUGCGAGUUGCUCAACGAGAUCAAGGCUGCCAAAGCAAAGUUACUGAAAUUAAAACAUCCCGCGAGAAUACCGGCAGUGAUCUGCGGGAACAAAGCGGACUCUGACGCGCCCAGAGCCGUGAUGCACUCGGAGGUGACGGAGAUCCUCGGUGAGGAUGUCGCAUUCUUCGAAACCUCGGCCAAAGACAGCACCGGGCUGGAAGGUGCGUUCAGGGCCCUUGCCACUCUAGGCGGGCUGCCCGGCGAGACCAGUCCGUCACGGCACCAGCUCAUAUCCAUCCUCAGCUACCAGACGCUGUGCAUCAGCCAGAGGGGCCGGAGUGGGAGCCGUAAGCGGGAACUCGGUGCGCCCUGCGCCGCCAUGGACCCUCUGGCGCGCCGCCCGAGUUUCACCAGCGACCUGCGGCUGGUGCUGAGAUCCAGCACCAAACACAACAAACCCGAGAGGUGUCACAUUCAAUGA